UGUUUGUAAAAUUCGACCUGGUCAAGGGGGUACAGUACUUCAAUCAUUCUACUUCGUAAACUCAUACAGUCAACAUCAAAAAUAAAACAAAAACUGUUUUAAUUCUGAAUAUUAAAAAAGAGAAAAACAAAAGUGAAAAUAUGUUGACUGUUCAAUUGAUCAUGCAAUCCGGAGAGCAAUUGGUUAUGAAGCUCCCGAUCUCAGCCAGUAUAUACGAACUUAAGAGAGAGCUGCAGAGUCUUCUCAAUAUUCAGGAACCAUUGGAGAUUUGUACUUCUGAUGUAACGUUGGCCGAUUCAGUUCUUUUAACGGAAGUUGCUGGUCCAGGCAACAACGAACAAAUUAAGCCGAUUGUGUCUUGCUAUGAAGGCAACAAUUUUGUGUGCUUGAUACGAUUUUCUCUUGAGGCCGAGGAUAUCGCGCUUCCACUAGUCGAUAAUUCAGUGUCAGACUCAAGUAUCGAAGUUAAAGUUGAAUCUGAAAUGGAAAUGGAACCGGAUGUUACAACUGGUCAGCAUCCGCCAUACAUGAACAUCCUGCCAGAGAAGAGGCCGUUUAUUGUGGUAGUUUCUUCAUGCGCAAAGAACUUUUCCGAUCUGUUCGAAGGGUUCUUUGAUAUACUUUUGCGUUUCGGAGACGUUCGGAGCUUAGAUUUCAAUGAUGUCACUCCGGUCGCUGAAUACCAUGGCCGGCUGUACAUCGCAACGGCCAACGAAGAGACAAGGGAAUGGGUGGCGAGCAGCGUGUGUUCUAUAGGGCUCUAUGAGGCCGCUGGUUUUAUAGACUUCCUGCACCUGACAGCGGCCAGAGUUACUUGGCCAAAGGUAGAGACUUGUUUGCUGCGAAUUUUCACGCUCCUCGAAGAGCAGAACUCUGAUAUAAAGACGGAGAAGUGGGCUGUCGUGAGCCGGGAAUAUGUACCCCCUACAGUCACAAAUAUUUGCCCCAAUGAACAGGUUGACAUCUGGAUGGAUGCGGACAGUGCGGAUAUCAUCAAGGAGAGAUUCAACUGUCUUAAACUAUGUUUUUGGACGAUCGUAUUCGAGUUUCGCGAUUAGAUGACUUUUAUAUAUUUUUAUUUUAUCGAAUUUAUAUUUUGCAAUUUUAAAAAAAAGUUACGAUUACGGCAGACUCGUUUGCCUACCGAUUAUUCUGAUUGGCAACGGUCAAAUAGUUUAUCGUAACAGAAAAAUAAUAAAAUAUAAUAAUAA